CGUCGAACCUUCACUUCUGCAACUGCGGGCAGCUUUCUGUAUACCUUUAAUAGACUUUCGCAACCAGCGCAUAAUACAAAUCACCACCGCAAGGCCAGAGCGCGACGAAGCACGCCAUAUAGCUCCCGACCCAAGAUCAGCGCCGCUCCGAAGCAAAAUCGUCGCCGCUGCGACCCUUGAACAUUCGGAACGUAGUAUUGAGUCAGAACCGCAGUCAUGGCGCGUAAUUCCGAAAAGGCGCACUCGAUGCUCUUCCGCUUUCGCGCUGCGCAGGCCGCCGAAGCUGGAAUCAUCGACAUCUCGCGCACUCGCCGCCCCAAGCUCAUAACCUCGGUCAACUCGAUUCCCGUGUGUGAGAAAUGGCGCGGCCAAGUGCUAAAGGAGAUUUCCCGCAAAGUUACAAAGAUUCAGGACGAAGCGCUUUCAGACUACCAGAUCCGCGACCUCAACGAUGAGAUCAACAAACUCAUGAGAGAGAAGCACAUGUGGGAGAGUCAGAUAAGAGGCUUGGGUGGGCCAAAUUAUAUGCGAGGCGGACGAGUGCUGGAUGAGGAAGGGCGGGAGGUGCCAGGAGGCGGAAAGGGGUAUAGAUACUUUGGACGAGCGAAGGAUCUGCCGGGAGUCAAAGAGCUAUUCGAGAGGCAGAGCAGGCCGGAAGACGACAUGGAUAAGGGGCGCGAAAAGAGGAGCGAGCUGAGGCAGAAGGUGGAUGCGGGCUACUACGGCUACAACCUAGACGAAGAGGAUGGGACGUUGCUAGCAUACGAAAAAGCCAAAGAGAGAGAGGCUUGGGACAAUUUCAUGGUGCUCGGCGAUGACAUGGACGAUAAGCCAAGCAAGACGCACAAGGAGUGGAUGGAAUUGCCUGGAGAUGCGGGUGACGGCAUACGAUGGCGCGUCCCAACACUCGAGGAGGUGAACAACGAGCUGGUAGAGCGCAGAAGGAGGAAGCUCCUUGAGAAGCUCGGUUGAGUGCGUGAUGGCGCUUGAUAGGUUUGCCUUGCGGAGUUUGGCGGUAAACUGUUCAUCAACAGACUGCGACUUCAGGAUCAAAGAUUGAUACCCUUGCCGAGCAACCGGCUACAAAAAGAUUAAAUGUACAUCAGAAUCAACAGGACAAGCAAGAGCACGUCCGAGUCGGGA